AUGGAUAGAAGUAGAGAGGCUGGAGAACUGGGGGGAGUUGCUGGUGGAGGAGUGAGGACUCACCAACCAGCCAACCCUACGCUACCUACUUCUUCUACACCAUCUCCUAAUACCGUGGAUCCUGUGAGAGCUUUCUCUAUUGAGAAAUUCAUGGGGGAGGACUACGAGCACUGGAGUUUCCGCAUGAGGCUGAUGUAUACCCAAUACAAGCUAUUGGAUUUGGUGGAGGGGAAGGAGAAGAUGCCGGAGGCCGCGGAGCUGAAAGGAGCGUGGAUGAAGCGAUCGUUCGACGCCGUGGAUUACAUUCGCGCGCGCAUCCUAGAGGAGGACUUGCGGCGGCGGAGUGUGGAGCGCUCGGAGGAGGGGGCUGGCUAUGGAGUUGGAGGUGGAAAGAGUGGCUUCAAGAAGAAGUGGAAGGGCAAGAAUAAGGAUAACCCUAAGGAGGAUGGCGGCGGGGGUCAAGGGGAGGUGUGCUUCUACUGCAAGAAGCGCGGACAUCGUUGGCGGAAGUGCUACCAACGACCCAAGGAUUGGACCCCGCCUUCAUCAAGCAACCAGCGUGGUGGCACGAGGAGUGGGGGAGUCAUGGGAGCUAGUGGAGAGGAGAAGGAUGAGGAGAAAGGCGGCAAAUCUGAGGAGCGGAAGGCCGGGUUCUUCUUCUUCGUGAACGAAGGCGCAACCGACCACGCUAUGGCUGCCAAGUUUGUGGAGGACGUCAUGUACAAGGACUGGCAGCAGCAGCAGCAGGUGCAGAUUGGCUUGCGUCUGCAGGAGAUUGAGCGGUCUGCAGUGGAGGAUGUUCAGCUGCACCUUGAGGAUCUCCCUGGGUCAGAGCUGACCAGUGAUCACAGUGGCGGUGGUGAGCAGCAAGGCGCUGGUCCUGCUGCGGAGGAGGGGUUGGAGGAUGAGUCGGCACGUGUGGACUCACCUUCUCAGCCCGAGCCUGCUGCAAACGCCAAGGUCACCAAGAGGAGUGUGUAG